UUUUCAAAGACCCCUGUCGUGAUUCUUUGGGGAGAUGUUUGGACAGGGCUUCCCCAGGGGGUCAGUACUGUCCUGUGUGGGUGCAGAGCCCCCCUGCCCAACCUUGAUCACUGUGACCCUUAGUCCUCAGCUGGUCCCCAGAAAGUAACAGAUAGGGUGGGGGCUGAGCAUGUGUCCUGGCUGCACCCCCAGAGGGGAUGAGUCACAGGUGGGGGGCUGCCUCAUGCCAGGAAACAUGGCCCAGUCCCCAGCCCAGGAGGCAGAAGGAGAUAAAUGGGCCCUGAAGUGGGGCAGAGGUUCAGACCACAGGACAGCAUUGCCGGGCCCCAGUCCCAGGCAGAUCCAGAGGCCCCCAACUUACCCCAGAGGAGGCUGGUCAAGGUAGGACUGGUAUCUGAUUGGGAUGGGCAGGGUCUUGGGGUUGAGUGGACCCGGGGAUUGGGUUAGUGGAGGUCUCUGAGCCUGGGGUGGAUGGUCUGGGAUCUCUGACUGCUUCUGUGCCUCAGAGGCUCCUGGUCCUGCCCUUCUCUGAACUGGAUCUGCUGCAAGCUCUCUUGCUCGGAACCUCGGUCUCUUCUUUUGUCUCUCUGUGCUUCUCCCUGUUUCUUUGAACCUUUUUAUUUCCAUCAUUCUGCGUGUCUCUGGAAUGGCUCCUGUCUCUUUGUCUUUCUCUUCCAGUCUCCCUCACUUUUCUCUGUCUCUCUUUCAUCUCAUUCCCUUCUCUCUCUCUGGAUCUCUAUUUUUAUCUUUGUUGCUCUCUGUCUCUGUGCUUCUAUCUCUCCAUCUCUUUAUCUCUCUCUCAUUCUUCUCUCACUCUUUUUGUCUCUCUGGCCCCUUUCUCUGUUUUGAUUUUCUCUGUCUCGCACUGUCUCUGGCUCUCUUUUGUCUCUUCAUCUCUCUGUCUCUCUCUCUUUUUGUCCCCAGUCUGGCCUCUCUAAUCUCUCUCUUGGCCUCUCCGUCUCAUUCUCUCCAUCACCCUCACCCUCUCCAUCUCUCUGUCCCAUUACCUGUCUCUGUCUAUGGCUCAUAGCUGACCGGAGUAGCCCUGGCCUGAGCCUGUUUUCUCCUCACAGCCUGGCCACGCAAUGACCAGGUGGAGUCUGCUGGUGCUGCUGGUUCUGAUGCUGGCCAGGGUCCUGGUCAUCCCAGCGACCCCUAUCCCAGGCUUCCAGCUCUCCUCUCACAAUUGUUCCCAAGCCACUCCCUGCCCUGUGGCCUUGGAGAGGCCCCCAGCCACCACCACAGGCCCCUCAGCUGCCUGGGACCAGUCCAGCCCUGGCCCCUGCUCUGGCCCUCACAUCACCCUCUCGCUGGAUGUCCCCCUUGGCCUCCUGCAGAUCUUGCUGGAGCAGGCCCGGAUCAGGGCUGCCAGGGAGCAGGCUGCUGCCAAUGCUCGCAUCCUGGCCCAUGUUGGUCGCCGCUGAGCCUGAGGGAGGGGUCCCAAGGACCAAAUUAUGGGGCCACAUGUGGAUGAGAAGAGUCAGAGAGCAGCAGUGGGGCUCGCUGGCACCAUAUCUGGGCACAGUGCACCUGUACACUGCCAUAUGGAAUCACUGCUAU